UGAUGGCAUGGCCUUGGCAAAAAUAAAGAGGCACUCCCAUGAUGAUGACAAUCUUUGCACAGAUAAUUUCAUAGAAACCUACGAACCUAUGGACUUAGAUGAAGAAGUGCAAGAUGAAAGACGGUUUUCUGAUUUGAAGCGGAAGGGGUCUUUAACAGAAGCGGAGGGUAAUGGGAAACGCUCCAAACAAUUUAAGGUGGCAGCAGAAGAGGAUGACGGUGGUGAUGCCCAAACCAGAGAUAGAGGGAAGCAGUUUGCAAAUGAAUCUUAUUUGGGGCAAGCGGUUAAGGAGGAUGUGACUAAAUUGGAGAGCAUGGGUCAAUCCUCGUCAUUGAAUUUUCUCGGGCGAAGUUUCAGACACAAUGAUAUUAAAGACACCAGUUUGCUCAAUCUCGCACCACAUUCUGAGGAAUUCGACAGUCACGACAUGUUGAUGGUGACUCAAACCAAGGAGAAAGCUGAUGAAGGAUACGCUGUAUUGGAGUUUCCUCAAUGUGCAUUCAAUUCUGCAAUGGAAGGGAUCCAGAGAGUCUCGUGGCCUGCCUUUCCACAAAAUUUGCCUCAAGAAUCGUCAGAAUCUUUAAAUUUUAACCUCGGGAAGCCUAAAGUUCAGUCAAAAGAAACGACUCCAUAUUUGCCUCGACUAAGUUUAAAUUCAAGGAGGCUCGAAGACUCCAAUCCACAUGAGGAGAAUCCUUGUCCAUUAAUUGAGGGCGAGGCUCUGUUGCGUUGCAUAAUGUUUGAGGAGUUGAAGGCUCACAGUGUCAGAAGCGAUGGUUGCCAUAGAACAGGUGGCUCUGUACAUGCAAAGGAAGCUACAUUAUACAUGGAACGAUAUUGUACAAAUAUGAAUGAUGACAGGUUCUAGGAACACUCUUUUGCAGAGAGCCUAGGAUCAGGAGAUUCUGAUGAUAACCUGGAGGUUAUCAAUUCCGCGUUGAAAGUUGUUAGAGAAGAUGGUUCAUGCACUGACACAAACAAUGCACGUGCACCUGAUCAGAUGUUGGGUGAGAUGUGGGGAUUUGAUUCUAGAUGUAAGCAAUCAUCACUGGUUCUCUCAGGGUUUGUUCGAGGGACCUUAACACAAGGCAAUGGAUGUUACCAACAUCAUUGUCGAAACAAAACGCUAGAGAUUGUUGUUGAGGAGCCCAAACAACAGAAAACUACUCCACCAAGCAGGCCUUCAAAGGGCUUAGCUUUGCCCAGCGCCAACAACGAGAGUAUAAGCUUGCUAUUGAGGAACUUGUGCCCUCCCCACGGGACCAUGUCAGUCAUUGGUAGAAGACGUGAAAUGGAAGAUGUUGUUGCAGGUGUGCCUUCAUUCUUUUCUCUGCCCAAGCCCACAGUACUGUUGCAAAAUAGCCUUACUCGAUUCGCAGCCCCUGCGCCUACUCCUCUCCACUUUUUUGGUGUCUAUGAUGGCCAUGGCGGAUCGCAGGCUUCAAUAUAUUGUAAAAACCGUUUUCAUAAGGAUCUAGCUGAGAAGUUGAGAGAUGCAUCUUCAUUUUCCAGAGACUUAAGUUAUUGGAACCAAGUCAUGUCUGCUCGCUUCAUGAAAAUGGAUAUGGCAGUUGGAGGUAUGUGUCCAAAUGGAGGCUGUAGUAGUAAUGCGGAUGUACAAAUGAUUAGUGAUUGCUGCCGAAAUCCAGUUGCACCUGAAAAUGUGGGUUCUACGGCUUUUGUGAGCCCAACUCAAUUUGUUAUUGCAAAUUGUGGGGAUUCCAGGGCAGUGUUAUCAAGGGGAGGCAAAGUAAUCCCUUUGUCUAAUGACCAUAAGUCCGAACGAGAGGAUGAAAUGGGCUGUAUUGAAGCUGCUGGCGGACAUGCUAUUUAUUGGAAUGGAUAUCCUGUGGGAGGCUUUCUCGCAAUGUCCAGAGCCCCAGGAGUUCGAUUCUUGAAACGGUAUGUGAUAUCUGAACCUAAAGUAACAUGUACAGAGCAGACUAAUGAAGAUCAAUGCCUCAUUCUUGCUAGUGAUGGAUUAUGGGAUGUUCUAUCAAAUGAUAUUGUUUGUGAAGUUGCUAGAAAAUGUCUUGCUGGAUUUAGACCUCACUGUUCAAAGGGUAUUACAGAAGAUACUCCUGUUGGUGCAGCAGCUGCUCUUCUUACAAAAUUGGCAGGACUAAACAUUUUGAACCCCAGGUUAAAUCAGGAUUCAACCUACAAAUAUUUUGAAAUAAUUCUUCCUGAUGGAAAAGUCAGCAUUGAUCCAUGCCACUCUGCAUAUUUUAUGGAUGUCGUGUUUAAGAGUUCUUGUGUGGGUCAAGGGGGAGUAUUUUUUGAACCUCCUCGAAGUGGUGUUCUAGGUGAAUUCAUGCUCGGUAAAGUAAUUGAAGAAGAUGUUUUUAACUCUGAUUUGAUUUGGAGUAGGCGUAUCCGUAGUGUACGUGAACAAGAAUUUGCAAAAUUAAAAUCUUGCAGAUUGAGUGCAAUGUAGGUUUGAAAUGGAAGCAGGGAUGUUCUGCAUGGCUGUACGGUUGGCCUUCACGGGGGAGAUUGUUGGGAAUGUGAAGCCCAACGGUCACAUGAUCAUUCAACUUCCCCAAACUAUUCAUUUCACAGCUGAAUGUGAUUGUAUAAAUGACUGAGUGCAGUCAUGUAUGUAAUGGUAUUGGAGUUGAUUAAUAGAAGUUAU